AUGUCUCUACUUGUCUUCCAAGCAAUGCUGUUUGCAGCUUCCUCGUUCGUUUCUCCUGCAGUCCUUAAGAAUGCCGGAUAUACAAAUGUCAAAGUCGCGCGGAACAUCUUCUACCGAAGGGCUAAGCUUCUUUUUGAUUUUGGUGUGGAGAGUGAUGCAUUUACUAAGGCCCAAGCAGCACUUCUUCUGACUUUCCAGUUUUCCGCCGUCGAGCCACAUGCAGGGAGUACUUGGCUCGCCAUUGGAAUACAGAAUGCUAUAGUGGCACAAGCACAUACCUUUCAAGCUCCUGGUUCAAGUUCGGCUCGUAAGAAGGACAGCAAGAGGCUCUGGUGGUCGUUGUUCUGGAGAGACAGAGUCUUGACCCUGGGACUCCGUAAACCACUCCAAAUCACUCCGUCUAGCUUCAACGUUAGACUGGACCCCAUCACCCCGGAUGAUCUAGUAGAUGAAGCGGACCACUCGGCUGUUUACAAUCUCAUAACCAAGCGCCACCUUGCGCAAAUACUCAACUAUCAGUGCAGACUAGCUGUUAUUCUGACGGAGACACUUUCCAUCUGUUAUGGGCCAGGUGCAUUUGAUCCAACUUACUCUCUUGAUAAUUUCGACAGAACUUUGUCCCGCAUCCGUUCAGCCAAGAAAGCCCUUUCUCGGUGGAAGAAGGAAGCAGACGAGACCCUCAGCGCGGUCUUGAUAGGCCCGGAAGCACAUCGAUCCACGACACUCAUUUCAAAUGUUGUCUAUAUCUAUGCCUAUGCUGCUCAGAUUGCCUUGGGAAACCAUGAGGCGAUGAUGAUAGAACAACGAGAAAAGGGAUUGAGUGUGAUUGAUGACGCUGUCCUCCGAACUAUCGGUAAAGACAUAAGUCGUGCGACAACAAAGACAACAAAGUUGGUGCGAUUUAUCGUGCAGGAGGGCUUGACACAACAUCUUCCUAUAUCUGCUAUUGCUUAUAUAGCAUUUCCCCUCAUGCUAAGCUCUCUAGACGAAAGGCUGUCAUCUCAGGAUGCGGCAAAUGGCAACAGUCAGCUACUGACGAGAUACAAUGCACAAGCGAUGCACCUGUGUAGUCAGCGCUUCGAGGGGGCCGUGGAUAUCAGUAGAAUGAUCACGCAGAUCGUUCAAUCUACACCCAUCCAGUUACCACUUCGAACCAAACAACCAUUAACCCCAAGAUCCGAGAGAGUAGGAGUAGAGGAACAGUCAUGGAAGUCAUCUAGGAACAUGGCAGCAUACUGGGACGAGCUUUUUGUCACACGACAUUACAUGCAGCUUCGUCUUUCACUAGAUUAUGCCCUGAUCACCGGGAGACCUCCCACCCAGGAAGACCUCCCAUUGAAUCUUCUUCGCGAUGCCGGUGUAAAAAGGUUUGCAAUGAGCCCUAUUCAUAGUCUAUCUUCAGUAACGCUCCACACGCCACGAAAGCGACGGGCGUCAGAAAGUGUCGCUGGUCUACCGCGGGUUAUAGAACUUGAUGAAGAUCCUAGCGAUGUGCUGGAAACCGAUACUAAUGGAUCUUUCGAUGAUUCGAUGGUACCUGAUAUGCAGGUUGUUUCUCGACGAGAGGAGCUCGAGACGCUUUCUCGACCGUUUUUUGAAUACGACACGAUUUGGGCGGCCAAUCUGUUCGAGGAAAUAACAGAUGGACUUUGGUCAUGA